AAAAAUUGAACCAGUUUAAAUGUUUUCAGUCGUUCGCGUAAGUUUACGAUGAAAAAUAAUCAUUGGUCGAAAAUGAUGUCACAGUAUUUUUAUAUUGUUUUCUUUUUUUUACAACUAUUUAACGCGAGAAAUGUUUCAACUUCUGGAAGUGGUAUACGGAUAUCAUUGACAAGGGAGCCGUUGUCAUUGAGAAGAUUGUAUGUGUAUUACGGUACUGUUUCAAUUGGAACGCCACCUCAAGAGUUUCAAAUGAUUUUCGAAACAGAAUCCUCCCAGCUAUGGGUACUCUCAAAAAGCUGCAAUGCUUCGGUAUGUGAAAAUGAGAGCAUUCAUUUAUAUGACCACAAGAUCUCAACAACGUACAAACAACCAACAAAGCCAAAUUGUCAAGAAGAAAUAGAACAAGUAUAUCAAGGAUCAGGAGAGUUAACUGGAUUUUGUUCAUAUGAUACAAUAACAUUGCAUGGAGUUAAACUCAAGAACACAGAAUUUCUUGAAAUUGUUGACGUCAGAACAAUUUAUCUGCACAAUCCACACUUAGGUCAUUUCGGAUUAAAAUAUGAUUACUCGAGACCGUCCGAUAACAUCAUCACACAACUUUGCCAGAAGCUCAAUCGAGAGAAUAAAUUUGCAUUUUAUUUUACCAGGAAUACAUCGGAUACCAAUGGUGGUGAAUUAACGUUAUGUGGUGUAGACGAGUCAAAGUUUCGGGGCCCGUUGAAUUACGUGAAGGAAAUUGAACCAUGGGGUAGAUGGUUCAUUCCAAUUGAAAACGUUUCAUUACAAAUUGGCCCAAAUCAAACCAACGUGGAUUCAGAAACGAAAGCCUCAGUUCAAACUGGCAUUCCUCACAUUCAUGGACCGAAAGAAAGUAUAAGCGCAAUAUAUAAAGCUAUAAAGGCUGAUGAGACACGUCGUACAGUCGAUUGCAAAGAUAUCCCGAAGUUGCCCAGUGUAACAUUCGAAAUCGGUGGAAAAAAAUACACGCUUGAAGGAGAAGAUUACACUUUUAAGAUCCCACUGUUCGAAAACGAUGAUUCUACAAUACCUACAAUGAAAUGCACGAUUGGUUUUGCCCAUGAUCGUUUUUACGAUGAAGGGCUAUGGAUUCUAGGAAAUGUUUUCCUCCAGAAGUAUUACUCCGUUUAUGACAUAGAUAACCACGCAAUUGGAUUUGCCGAAAGCGUUCAUGCGCCCAUCACCAGGGCGGCCGUUAUUAUCUAUUUUUUUUAAAAAUCAAUGUUUUUAUCGGAGGAAUCUUAUAAAAAUAUUCUUUCUAAUGAAAUAAUAACGCCCAUUUGAAAACCGAGCCAAAAGCUUGGCGGGAACUUAUCAGCCCGGUUUUCAAAUUCAUUUUCAUACCCAUAAUGGAUUUGAGUGUUUCUAUCCUAGGUACAUGUACAUACUCAUACAAUGAUUUUCAAGCACUUUUUACUUUGAUAUUAUUUUGUAAAGUAGGUACAUCUCUUUUGCAGUUAUUUUUUCUAACUUGGUGGGUUUUCUGCUUCUUAAAAGUAUUUUUUCCAGGGAUGUACAUGUUAUUAUGCAUACAUAGCUACAUUUCAAGUAUUUUUAUUCAAUUAUUCAUCUUUAUUCUGUAAGUUUUUUUUCGUUAAAUAAAUUGGAUACUUUUUUAAA